AUGGCGGUGAUGCCUAAAUUAGUUCGUGGGGUCAUGACCCCUAGAGUCAUAUCAAAGUUCAAUGUGGUACGUUACCCAUAUAAGCUGAGUGAUAUCACGGUGCGGUUUGGAAGCUGUUCUACCAGUGGUAGUGGUAGUGACGCAGACUCGAAGGAUAAUCCGGGAGCUCCGACCCUGUAUGAUUGUCGUAAGUUGGGUCACAAGCUAUCAGCUAAUAAUGUGUGUCCUCAAUUCGAAACUUUGCCAGAUAUACCUACCGGAGUGUUCAGGAACACCACAGGAGAGGUCCUUGGACGCAACGCGGGCAAAUGCUUCUACUAUCAGAAUCCAGAGUAUUUCUCCUUUCAUCAUAUGAGUUUCUAUGAUUUCAACCUUGCCUUGAGACAAUACCGCAAGCCUUGUCCUCAGACUAAUAGGAAGCCUAUUGCUUAUCGACGUAGCUGUUAA